CAGCCAUGAGGCGGAGAAGCAGCAGCUCCUCCAGCCGGAGAAGCUCCACCGUCAGACGGAGAAGCGAGAACCUGCGCUUCGACGAGUUCGGCUUCGCUGUGACCAAAAGAAAAGACCGCAAACUUCAGCACCGGUGUCACGACUACAGCUUCCCUCAGCUCAGCUCGGGGAGGGUUACAGAGCUCUGUGAGCUGCUCAGCUACUGGAAUGGAGCCAGUUUCAUCUGCAGGAGCCAGAUGGAGCGAUUCAUCAGGAUGGGGAUUCCUCCGAGCCUGAGAGGUCGAGUGUGGAAGUGUCUCCUCGGCAUCGACGGUCUGAGAGAAAUCAGUGACUUCAGCUACCAGACCUGCCUGUCUGAGGUCCGAGGUCCUCUGGUGGAUCUGGGCGUCAGUGAAUACGGCAUUUUGUCCGCCAUCGCCACGCUGAGCGACACUCAGAACGACCUGGACCUGAACCAGCAGCAGCCGUCCAGCUGCUCCGAUGCCAGGUGCUCGGUUCAGGACAUCACUCUGUUCCGGCAGAUCGCCCUCGACCUGCAGCGAUCCUUCCCGACCCACCGCUCUCUAAUGGGGGACAGUCCGGAGGCCAUCGAGGGUCAGGCGAAGCUCUUCAGGGUCCUCAUCGCCUACGCAAAGUACAACCCUCAGGUCGGAUACAGCCAAGGGAUGUCCUACAUUGCCGCCGUGCUGCUGAUGCAGUUGGGAGAAGAAGAAGCCUUCUGGGCCCUGACAGCCCUGUUGGAUAAACCCAAAUAUCUGUCGGAGCUGUUCGACCUCAGCCUCACCAAGGUCCAGCAUCAGGUGAAGGUGUUCGACCAGUUCCUGAAACACAGGAAGCCUCGACUCACCCAGCACAUGGAGUCAGUGGGAGUCUUAUCAGUCCACUUUGUGAUGCCGUGGCUCCUCACUCUGUUCACUUCCCUGCCCUGCUGGGACUCUGUCCUGGCUGUCUGGGACCUCAUCAUCCUGCACGGUACCAACACACCAACACACAUGCACAUGGAGCAGAAGGAUUGUUGA